AGAUAUAUUUUGAAUUCAGGCGAUGGAUAACAGUUUUCGUAAGGUGAAACAGAGCUACCUUUAAGCAUGGGAUAAAAAUUAGGACAUAUCAUUAAGUCCAUCAAGGACUAAACAGAAGAAAGUCUUUCUAGGUCUAGCCUUGAUUGUGAAGUAUACGGAAGUUCAAAGAUGGCGCGAAAAUACAAAAGAAUGAAGGUUUUUCCAGAAGGAUCCUUUGAAGGUCAUGCUGGGAGUUUGCCAGAUAUCUAUAAAAAUAGAGACGACGAACUGUCCAUAUACCUCAGAGAUAUAGACCAGGAGGAUGAGAAAGUGAGUAAUAGUGAGAGGACUGCCACACAUCACCCACAACGCCCUCUACAGGCCUCUGCAGUCCCUAUUCACAAGGAGACACAUGAAAAGAGACCAAACCGAAUAAAGAAAUCGAAACUUCCUCGGGUCCGGAAGUUAAGUGUGACUCCAGGAAUCAAAGAAAUGAAAGUGAAAUGGGAAAUAUUUCCCAACGAAGAAUUCCCCGAUAUACAGUACAUUAUUCAAUGGAGAAAGAGUGGAGAACGGAAGGGGUGGCGGAGGGGUGAGAGCACUAAACUCACUUAUAUCAUCAAAAACCUGGUCCCAGAGACGGAAUACGAAGUUAAGGUGUCCGCCUUGUGGGAGAAGAUCAUUUCCCCAGCAGAACAAGUAGAUGUCAAGACGGAAAGACAAGAAGAAGUAUCAGAGGAGGACGACGAUGAUGAAUACACUCUUGUCUCGCCUCGAACAUCCCCUGUUACGUACGCCCAACGAAAAAUUUGUGUCAUAAUAAUUAAUGACUAUAAAGACGGAUUACACGCUGAGCAAAGUAUCAAAGCCCGUGAGAUAUAUGACUUCUUUGACAAGAUUUUGCGUUUCAAAACUGUUGUCAAGCUUGAAAACCAGCCAAGGGAAAAGGUUCGAGACUGGUUCAAAGCUCUAGACAGAAGUAAAAUGUUUGAUGGAUUUGAAAUGUUCGUGUGUGUGGUGGUAGGAUUCGGAGAUCAUCAUGGGAUUUAUGGAAGUGACGGAGAAAUGGUGCACUUUCAUGAAAUUUACAAACACACCAAAGCUAAAUUUGGCAACAAACCAAAAGUAAUUCUUGUAGACAUCAAACACCUUCAUUCUACAAAAGUGCCAUCGAUGAAAAAUGCGGAUGUACGUGUGAUGGAAAAUUCAUCGAGAGAGAUUCUUCUGGAAUGGACACCACCACGAUACAUCGAGAGCGAUAAUGUCCAGUUUCUCGUCGAGUGCUUCAAAGGCUUACAAAAAAUAGUGGAAUUGGUCCAGCCUCACACUCGUGUGGAGUUUGACAAUUUAGAACCCAACACCUCUUAUAGAUUCCAAGUAACACCAGUUCAAGGAAAGGAACGCAAGCCUCAUGGAAAUUCCGUGUAUGCAAAACUUAAAACCAAGGCCAACGUGAAAGAUACGGACAGUUUAGAAGUUCGAAGUUUAUGUGCACAAAGAAUAUCGGCCAAUGAGAUAUCCGUGUUCUGGGAACCUCCAGACAUCAGGAAAACGAGUCAUUUGUCCUACGUCAUUUCCUGGACGGAUCAAACCUCCAUCACAAAACGCUCUGAAAAAGAGGCAAAGAAAACGUCAUGUGUUAUCAAUGGUUUGCAGUCAAAUUCGGAGCAGGUAGUGAAAGUCACUGUUAAGGCCUACGACAAACUGUACUUUCCUCUUAGUUAUCAAGUUCCAAAUUUUCAAGAUGUUUUGAGACCUACACAUGUGGCAGGGAUUGCGGAAUCACAUUCUGUAUUUUGGGUCGACUGGCAGUUUCCAAUAGAUAAACAAGACCUUAUUGAAAAGUUCACCGUCUUCUGCACGGAGAGUUUGUCUUUCAGAAAGAAUCGUACAAAAUCGUUUGAUGUAGAAAAAGAAUGCCGGAGUUUGCCUGUCAACUACAUACCGGAUCUCUCCUACCACUAUGUCAAAGUCUUACCCGUUACUAAACAAGAUUCCUCUGCUGAAAAGGUUCAUGAGUCCGUUAUUGCUCGAAUUGAAACAGAUAAAGCAUUGAGGCUUUUUGCCUCUUCAAAAUCGUGUAAUUCCUGUGAGUUAAUUUGGUGGGUAGAUGUUCAAGACAGGGAAAUGGUUUCCACCUAUACAGCCCACUGUAAACCAAUUGAUACUUCAAAGAAACAGUUUAAACCAGUACCUCUCAGACUGGGGCCUGCAUGUCGCCAACUCCACGAAAUUGUGAACCUCGAAAGUGAUACUGUUUAUCAUGUAUCGAUCUACAAACACAACAAGAUGUACACACAACAGAUAAAAGUCAGAACAUUGCCCAAAGGUAACCCAGAAAAUCUUGAUGUCACUAUUGUAUCGUCCUUCGAGGUGAUUGUCACGUGGUCACAUAACUUUAAAUCGGAAGGAUCGGAAAGUACCUAUAUUGUAGAAUAUAAAUGCGAUCCGACCAUCAUGAAGAGAACUGUGCGGUUGGAGGUGUCCAACUGCUCUGUAAAUCUGACGGAACUACUACCAGAUGUCCAGUACGAAGUGUUGGUCAAAACCAAAGAAAAAGGAGAUCCAUCCAUCAAAUCAUUCAAGACACCAAAGUUUGGGCCAGCGAGAUUAGAACACAGAGUCACUGCAUCUGAGAUAAGUUUGACGUGGGAAACUCCGGUUCUUCCCAAGGACUUCCCACAACCGCUGCAGUAUCAGUUGAUCCUUGAACGGAACGAUGGAAAUAGAAGAAGGGGAAAGGUUGUGGAAAAUAAGACCUCUAAAUUUAAAUGUGACUUUCAGAAUCUGUGGUCAUCGACGGCAUAUACUGUGAAAUGUUUUACGCUCAUUGACGGGAAACGGAAAUAUGCUCCUGUUGUGAUAAAAACUAAAACCAAAUUCGAUCAUUUGCGAAGAUUAUUAGAGCCUAGGGGAGACAACUUCAUCAUUUCAUUUGCAUCCUGUGAUAUGACAACUGCAGCAGAUUCACAAUUACAAUCUGGAUUAUACAUGUCAAAAUUACUUUUACAAUUUCGAGACGACUUAACUAGUAAAUCCGUGGAUGAGUUACUAGACGACAUCAAUCGAAAAAAACUAACAUCAUACGUGAUAACUAACAUCAAUUAUUCUUUGGAUAAGGUAAUGUUAGACUCACCAAAGGCCACAGGUAAAGAGACCUGAAUGCGUGGCUCCGAGCAUGAACCCUCAGAAAUGUAGCGUGGGGGAGUGUAGUUCGGGAACUCACUGAGUGAACCACACUACAAAAAGUUACAUCACAACACAUUUGAUGAGUAGUUUUUCCAACACUAAUUAUUGGAGAAAGAAAAUCCAUUUAUAUGAGUGGGAAGACAGAAACAAACAGCCCAUUAUCAAUGUGUUAAAGUUUGCGAUGUCACUGGUGUUAGACAGAGCUUCGGAUGCAUCGCUGUAUUUCUGUAAUAAUACCAGCAUAUGAGAAGAGAACAUUUGCAACAAUAUGUAAUACUUUUGUUAUACAUAUAACUUAUAGCCUGUUUCUUCAUUUUUACAUUAAACUUACUGAUAGAAUAUUU